AUGGCUUUUCGAUUCGUCGUGGACUCCAGCCCACCUAAUAGCCCAGUACCAUCGACCCCCGGCAGGUAUGAGGAUGAUGUCGGCGAACAUCCUUCGACAACUCCUGGUGGACCACCACCACCAUCCUCGGCUCCCUCUUACACACCGGCCGGCGCACCAUCAAGUUCUCUGUUUGGUGGCAUGACCGAUACUAAGCCUCUCAGCUUUGGGGUAUCCAACACUGGAUCCGGAAGGAAUCUUUUCGGGCGGGAUAGCAUCUCAAGCAACCACCCACUUGGUCGGUCGAUAAGAGGACGACAACCUUCGGGACUGAGUCGUCAAUUUAGCGCUGCCGAUGAGGAAGAUGAGGACGAAGAGCAAGAUGUUGAGGAGGAGAUGGAGCUUCCGCCACCUCGAGGUAACCUUUUCCGAAUGUCUGCGGCUCCAGAUGACCGCCCACGUGAAGUCGAUGCCGAGAUCGAGAAAUACAUCGACCAGGAUAUUGCUGAUGAUGGGGAGGAGGACGAAUAUGAGGAGGAAGAGCCAGUGUUCGAGCGCGAAAGCUCUGAAGAGCCCGAUAUGUUUCUCAACAUGAGACAUGACGACCGACCUUACGGCCAGCCCAUGAUUGGAGACGAGUCCGACCUCAUGGUGCUUAAUACCCCGGCCGCGACAACUCGAGUGCGCAGAGAAGCAGAAAGCAUCUUUAGACAAACUUCAGCCCAUCUCGGCAUGUCGGGCCGCCAGGAGGGUUUCCAAUUCGCAUCGAUCGCCAAGAACUUAUAUAAUCAAUUUGAUCCCGCCCAAAUUGUUGAGCCUGAAGACAUGAUUCUCGACACCGAAGAACUCGUAUGUCGACUGUACGAAGAAGGAGUUGGACCCGAAGAAGAUGUUGAAAAGAUGGACAACUCUCUAUCCAACAUCACAUUCCGCCUUACUCAGUUAUGGAACAGAUGCGUGGACGGGCUUCCCCAACCAGAAGGAGAGGAUUUCGCUUCAGUUGGCCCCGGGCUCAAUACACAGCCAUUUGAGAAGGCUGCUUACAUUGCUCAACUGAUACUCCGUAUGCACCACACUCGAUUCGACACCAAUACCGAGGAGGAGAAGACACCGCCUUUACCCGAGAUCAUGUUCGAUUGGAUGCAGAACAGCCACAAUCUCUAUCCCGACCAAGUUCGCGAUAUCAGUCGCCACAACCCUAGCCCUGCAUGCCAUAGUCUAUUUUGGCAGACUGUGCGAUGCUCUCUGCUUCGUGGAGAUGUCGGAAGUGCGUCUCAGCUCUUGAGAAACGCUGGUUGGGAGCAUGUUCGACGGGGCCCUCGAGGUGAGUAUGCAUACAUAGGCAAAUCGCUCGAGAACGUCAGACGGUUCGCUGCUGCUACUGCCGACAUCCUGGACCAAUGUCCGGCUGUGAGAUCGGAAUGGGAUAUCUGGAAUAGCAACUGGACUCUUUUCCGAAUCCAGGCCCGCGGCUCUCUGAACCGAAUGACUCUGUUUGCGGAAGGAAAAGAGCAGGAUGUGCAAGAUUUGAUGGACGAUGAAUUCAACCCUCAACCACAAUCACUAUCGUCAAUGGCUCGAAAGGCAUCAAGCCAGAUCCCCUGGGAUAUCUACGAAAACCUGCAGACCGUGUAUGGUAUCAUGCUCGGAAACCAUGAAGACAUUAUGGAAGUCGCCCAGGAUUGGUGUGAGGCGACGAUAGGUCUCUUCGGAUGGUGGGACGACGGAAACCAACGCCAUAAAGCACUUAGACUUUCGCAGUCGCAAUUGCGAGCGUCGUCCCGCUUUGCUGGCUCCGAGGACUACUUUGAUCGACUGGCAACUGCCUUCCAUAUGGUGAUUCAAUCAGACCUCAAUCCUAAUGUCAUGAACCCCGUCGAGGUUGCAGUGGCCUCUGCAUUUGAAGGCAACGUUAACGCCGUGCUGGGUUUCUUGAGAAUAUGGUCAUUGCCUCUGGCAUGCACCGUGGCGGAAGUUGCCUCUCUUGGUGAAUGGCUACCCGCCCCUGACGUCCCCAGCUUGUUCCCUACUGAUAGUCUCGAUAUGGACGAUCUUGCGCUUCUAGGCGUGACUCAGCCAGGACCUGACGAGCUCGAAGGCAUCAAAGACACAACCCUUGUCCUGUACGCUAGGGAACUGGCAGGAAUAGAGCAAUUGUCACCAGAGCGUGACGGAUGGGAAAUGGCCAUUCAGGUCUUGGGUCGAAUGGACUCGCCGGAGAAGUCAGAAGAAACCGUCGGCGAGCUUCUUAGGGAUCUUCUCGAGACCCUCAACGAGAACUCGGGCCCGACUGUUGAUAAAAUCUGGGCGAUACUGAACGAUCUCGGCAUGAUCAACUACGCCGAGGAAACAGCAGAGACAUUUGCAGAGAUUCUUUCCAAGGAGUCUCAUCGCUACGGCGAGGCGCUUUGGUACUAUGCACUGUCUCACCGAUCGGACAAGGUUCGUGAGGUACUGAACCUACUCAUGUCUUACUCGCUUGUCCAGUCUACAGUCUAUCCUUCAGAGAAGGAUCUUGACCAUGAAUUGAAGGACUUAUUACGAAAGCGAACCGAGACUUUGGAGAAGCGUGCCAAGCAAGAUCUGGAAGCAGCCCAGCUGCUCGGUCGAAUGCUUAGUGGCUAUGCUACACUACGCAAGUUUUACGAGCUCCGCGAUGCUGAAGACUUCGAUAACAUCUCACCAACUAAAGCUUUGAAGAUGAAGAAGCAGGCUGCGUCCGCGUUGGUGGCUGUCAUCUCCAGCUCCGAUGACAAUAUUCGUGGUGGACUCUAUGACGAAAGCAGGGAUGCAGUAGUGAGUGAGGAUUUCCUCUUGGCUCUCCUGGGCGAGGCCACCGUUUUCAUCAACCAGUCGCCGGCCGUUGUCACACUUUCACAAAUCGAUGUUCUACUCAAGGCCAUUGAAGAUCUUCAGACAGUUGGUGAUCGAGUUUACUCAGCGUGCGAUGACUUUUUCAACCUUGUGCUGGCAUCUGCACAAGGCCUGAAGGGCUCUACACCGCAGGGCCUAAUGGCCAAAUCAACAGGUGGUCUAGGCGGAAGUUUCAUGAUGACCGGAAGCACCAUGUUGGUGAAUCACUUGCACAAGUCGAUCUCCGCUGGAGCAAAGGUCAACAGAGGAUGGGAUUGGAGGAAGGGCUGGAUUGCAACAAGCAAGGGCGAAGAUGUCCUCCGAAAGUUACGAUUGGGACUCGCGAAGGAUUUGGCAGCCCUUUGGCUAGAAGAUGCAGACGGAGCUGUCUCGUAUUAG